CCGACCUGUUACGCGGCCGUGCGGCGGUCUCGUUCCCGUCCCCGGCUGAACGGUCGCUGAGCGGACAUUUUAGAAUCGGGGACGAAAGGCAGGCGAGCGAAGGGACAGGCGGAAAGCGGAGACCGAGUGGCCUCAUGAAGUGAAGGGAAGCGGCCGGCAAGCGAGUGCGCCUUCGUCCUGAGCCCAUCGAGGUGGGAGCUGCCUCGGCCUUGGCCCUUACCCGGGCCCGGUCUGCCUUCUAUUUAGCCCCCCUUUCCCCCGGAUGGUGGGGCUGCUGGGUGAGCAGAGGGUGGAGAAACAAACACCCUGCAACUUUCACACCGAUCGGCUCUUGGAGCCCGCCUCCCACCGGAGCUCGAUCCAAUGGAGAUCGAGGGUGGGUGGGCGUCGCCCCACUUUGUUUCCCCCUCCCCAAAAAAACCUUCCUCUGACAAGCCCGUCACCCAUCUGUGCCUGCAAGUAUUGUGGAUCAAAACCUGACACCGACAGCGUGUAGGCAGAUGAUUCACAUGCCAGCUAAAUAAGUUGCAUACCAGCUCGGAGAAUAAUGAAAAAGUUUAUAUUGACAGGCCACGGAGCUGACCAGACUCCACCGACUGACAGAUCACCUGGAGUGCUGACAUGUAUUCUUGAGGCACUUUUAGAUUGCGCCUUACUUUGACAAUGUCUGUGCUUGUUCCGCUUGUCGUUUAAUGUGUGCGUCUCUGCUAGCGCUUCAGGUGCCAGGAACCAUGCUCGCAGCGUUUGAGAAAGAGGAUUUUCCCCACACUUUGAAAUUUUCCUAAUGCGGUAGACAAUGUUUUCUGAUUAUUGCCUGUACAAAAUCGCUUAGCGAAUUCUGUUGUGACCCCAGUUCAAAGCAAGAACCUGGUUUUUACGGCAAAAUAUGCCCGGUGCGCGAUUUGAAUGCGAUCUUCGGGACAGAAAGUAUACAUAUUCCUUCACAACUAACAAAAGUGAACCCGCAGUUGAAGAUAACAAGGUGCAGAGCUGGAUGAACACAGCUUUCUCCAGCAUCUGCAGUUCCUACUAUCUCUCACCCGCAAUUGAAGCCCUGCGCAGGAAGGUCAUGCUGUGAGAGUCCAGGUCAGUGAUGGCAAAUUUGGUCGAGGAUGAGAACAUGAAACCAGGAAAACAAAUCUGGGAUGUAGUUUCUCGGUUAAGUGAAGGGAGUGGCAGUCUGAGAGACUGUGAAGGUGUCAUGGAAGGCAGUGAGAUGCUGACAGCUACACCACCCAUGAUGCAGUUCCAGCCACAUGAUGGCAACAAAAGUGACAAGCAGCAACUAGAUGGAGUUGGAAUCACAAAUGGAGGUAGCAGACCACAAGAGUCCUUUUCCCAAGUAGCUAGCGACUUGUCAGAGUUGGAACAGAGCCUUGCAGCUUUAAAUGAAUUACAGGAUGUAGGGAAUAGAUCAAAGAAUGACACAGAUAUUGGGUUGUACCCAAGUGGCUGUGAAGAGGAUCUCUUGGGUGGCCUCGAUGAUGGCGGCUCAGUGGAUUUUCUGCCUGAUCUUGAGUUCUUCCCAUCACCGAGAGAUGAAAAACAACAGGGCAGCCCGUGGAGCCUGACUGCCUUUUGCGGAGAUGAUGAUUCGGGUUUGCUGUCACCUUUGUCCUCAGAACCUGCCCCGCUUAAGGAUAGUCUGGUGGAUUUGCAGCGAACUGAAGAAUGUGCUGCUUCUUGGCCAAUUCCAGAAAGUAGAUGUACUGAGAGAAAGGAGGAUAUCUGGGCCCCUUUGCCAGUUACAACCACUGCCCCCAUGGAGGUGAAGCAGGAGCAAGAGAGCUACAUUGAAUUAGUUACUCCUGGUGUUAUUAAACAGGAGCAAGUCAGCAGGGGUUACUGCAGAGCUGCCAGCCAGGCAGCAGGAGCUCAUAGUCUUGUCAAGGAACCCAUUUAUCUAUGCAGUACAGAAUCAGUGCCAACCAGUAGCAAUCAGAGACCCAUUUUCAGCUUUGUACCACCUUUCACAGCAGUUGCUUCACCUUGGGAAGUGUGCCAACAUCCCAAUGCAAAUUUGCCCAGCAGUCGAGUGAGGAACAUCUGCACUGGGGGCGAUGUUUUACCCACCAAGUACAAUAGUGCUGAUCUGAAAUCUGAAGGAAGCUCAUCCUCUACUGCCUCCUCGGGGCCACCUGCCAAAGUCUGUCUGGUUUGCUCAGAUGAAGCAUCUGGAUGUCAUUACGGUGUUCUUACAUGUGGCAGUUGCAAAGUUUUCUUUAAGCGAGCUGUAGAAGGACAGCAUAACUACCUCUGUGCUGGAAGGAAUGACUGCAUCAUUGAUAAGAUUCGUCGAAAGAACUGCCCAGCUUGCCGUUUUAGAAAGUGCCUCCAGGCUGGAAUGAAUCUCGACGCUCGGAAGACAAAGAAAUUGAACAAGAUGAAGGCACCACAUACUACCACUUCAGAAACUGCAGUAAAAGUAGCAUCACAGGAUUCAUCUUUAGUUUGUUCUGCAAUGCCUACCCUGACUCUUCCCAUGGUUUCGAUUCUUGAGGUGAUUGAGCCAGAUCUCUUGUACGCAGGAUAUGAUAGUUCUCUGCCUGACACACCCAAUCGACUCCUAUCAGGACUGAAUAACUUGGGUGGAUUACAGAUGAUCUCAGUUGUGAAAUGGGCAAAGUCUCUGCCAGGGUUCAGAUCUUUGCACCUGGAUGAUCAAAUGAUGUUACUGCAGUAUUCUUGGAUGUCUCUAAUGGUUUUCAGUCUUGGUUGGCGAUCUUAUCAACAUGUCAAUAGCAAUAUGCUCUUCUUUGCACCAGACCUAAUCUUCAAUGAGGAACGGAUGCAGCAGUCCUCGAUGUACAACUUAUGUAAAGGAAUGAGCAACGUUGCAUUGGAUUUCAGAAACCUUAAGGUUGCUUAUGAAGAAUAUCUAUGCAUGAAGGCAUUAUUACUUCUUGGUACAAUUCCAGUGGAUGGUUUGAAGAGCCAGGCAAUGUUUGAUGAAAUUCGAACCUCUUAUAUUAAGGAGCUAGGGAAAGCCAUAGUGAAGAAAGAGGGAAGCUCGAGUCAAAACUGGCAACGAUUUUAUCAGCUGACCAAACUUCUGGAUUCAAUGCAUGAUUUGGUUGAAGGAUUGUUGCAGUUCUGUUUUUACACUUUUGCGGAAUCAAAGACUCUGAGAGUGGAGUUCCCUGAAAUGUUGGUGGAAAUCAUUAGCAAUCAGUUACCAAAAGUCAUGGCAGGUAUGGCCAAACAGCUCCGGUUUCACCACAAGUGACUGCCUUAUAUUGGAAAAAAAUGCCUUAAAAAGUAUCCUCCAUAGCUUUUCUUUUCGCAAAGUGAUCGGGAAUUUGGAAAUGUUUGUCCUGCAAACGCUUGCCAUUCUGUCAUAUGCACUACAUAUGGUUUACAGAGAGGAUCGGGCCUGGGCUGAGGCGAAAAGGAGAUGAAGUUUUACAGCCUAAGGACUGUACAUUGAAAAACAUAGGUGGCAGAAAAUCUGCAUGUAUUUUGUUUGUAAAUUUCAUUUUUGUGUUCUGUGAUACAGAUUUGAUUUUAUGCAUGCAUUCUAAUGAGAUGUUUACAGUGUAUAUCAGAAAAGGGAAAAUUGUGCCUUUUUUAAGCUUUUUAAGUCUAAUGUAGCCAAUUUGGACAGUUUAUUGUUAAUGCAGGAGAACUGCUAACUUAGUUUUUUUUCUGUAUCAGUAUGUAUUUUUAUAUUAAGUGGAAUUUGAGCCUGAUAAAGUUUUUCUUUAUAGCCAUCAUUGAAUUCUGUUGUACAAAUGAGCCUGCUUGUUGCUCUCAUGUAAAUAUGCAGAAACUGGUCAUUUUGAAAAAGACUGAUCAACUACAGAUGAACAAACCAGUAUUUGAAUUUCUCAAAAAAAAACUGGUGUGUGAUCCGAGAGGACAAAUUUUGAAUGUCAGGAGAGUGUGGAAAAGUAUAUGCAGCCCUCUACAAGCCCAUGGACUGGGUUAGAUUGAUUAAGCAACAUAACGGUGACCACAUUUAAAGAUGCUACAAAUUUCUGCCAAUUAUUUGCCCUUGGCAUCCAUGCCACAUUUUAUUAUUUACUUUGGUUGGUUCUGAUGCUUGUUGGUUCAUCAUUGCUGUUAGAUUUGUACCCGUGCUCCAUAAUGGAGCUAGCACAGUUUCUGUAAUAAGCACCUGGACCUUAUUUAGGAAAAUCCCCUCUCGGCUUCGAUGGGGUUGAUGCAUUCCUUAAUGUAAGCAUAUUGUAAAUUUUUGACUGACAGAAGCUUAUUGUAGCAUAGGCUUAAUUCUGGUGAUAAAAGUUUAUAUUUUUUAACUGGUAAUCUAAUUACAAUCUACCUUUGUAUUCAAAUACAUUUCUAGUUGAUUUGUCGGUCAUUAUCUAUGCUUCCCGCUGGUAUGCAGUUUAUAAUAUAUUGGACAUUAUCAGCAUGGAGUGGAGAGAGAAUUGGAGUUUUGUUCAUGUUCACAGCUGUAGAGUUGAGGUGGUAAUUCAAGAUAUUCUGAUUUAUUACUACAGUUAAAUAUGUAGAGUUAAGAUAGAUCUGCUGAAAACAAGAAGGGCUGCUUUCAGAAAGAUUUCAGGAAAUGAAAAAGCAGAAACAACUUAAAUUUAUUUCAAUUCCGUAUUUGCCAACCAUUUACCUACAGCCUGGGCUGUGAAAUUUACUCCAAUCUUCAUGGAUGGUGUCAUACAAUUGAGGUGUAACUCAAAUGGAAUAAGUUAAACAUCACUUUCUGCUUUCCUUCAAAUUUUGGCACUCCACUCUGAACUACAGAUUUGGUCAAGAAUUAGUAGUAUAGAUGACAGAGGUGGGACGUUAGAAAUAUAUCUGUCUUUAAAUCCUUCUAAGAGAGCAAAGUCUUGCACCAUUUUUGUCAUUGUCACAUCUAUCACAUUUUGUUGCAAUAACUGGUUACAUAUAAACUCACAAAAACCUUUGUUGGUUUGCUUUGGGUCUUAUCAGCUAAUAACAUGUUUGUCAAGCAACAAGAAGAAGCCCUCGAUUUCAAGGUAUUUGUUUGAUGUAGUAUAACAAUAAUAAUCAGUUUGUAAAAUUAAUUGCAAAAGUGUUGGGGAGGGUGCAUUUCAGUUGCUUAGUUUCAUUAAAAAAAACCUGUAUUGAUUUUUAGCCACAUAGAUUAAUUAGGUUAAAUAAUUGCUUCUGCUGUGUAACAUAAUGUGUCCAGGAUUUUAAAUGCAGUGGCACUUUGCGGUAGUGACUCAGUAGUAGAGUAAGCAUACAUCUUUCUCCUGAUACUUAUUCAGUGUAUUUACUUUGAGGACAAUGAAUUAAAUCGCCUGCCCAAAUGGACUAAUUGCCAGAAACUAGGUAAAACAAAAUGCAUUGUUUUUAACUGCAUAUUAUUGCAAUGGUCAGAUCUCAAUCAUAGGUUUGUUGCAUCCUGAAUUUGUUUAAUUUUAGUUCAUUCAAUUGGAGUACAGACAUUCUGCUAAUUGUCAGCACAAACUAAGGGAUAACAUGAACAUUAGUAUAGUUAACCUGCUUUGAUAGGGGAUAAAUGAAAAGGAAUUAUCUUUAUAGAGGUGCGUUCUACAGUUUUUUUUUGUAAUUUGAUUCAAAGUCAAUGCAGAACAAUAGUUGCCAAGCCCUUAGUUUGGCAACUGUUACUUAUGUUGUGCUGACCAGUAGCAGACCAGUAGCAUCAUAUGAACAUGAACUGUGAAAUGUUCAUUUAAUCUCACUAAGUAUCGCUGCAGUUUUUGUUCCAAAAUACCUAAUGUAUAUUGCUAUUUAAAGUCAGCAUAUCUCAGUAAAUUGCCAGAUGCUGAUACUCCAUUUUUUGAAUAAGGUAUUGUUUUUCCUUGGAGCAUAUACUGUCUGGCUUAUUUUGCAAUGUGCUUUUACAAUGAGAGCUUGCAAUUUGCAUCAAGUAAUGUUGGAAAAAAGCUUGCUCAAUUGUUAAAACAGACUUUGCAGCCUAACUAAUUUAUUUGAGUUUCACACUUCUUUUGCGUAUACAUGCUUAUUUUCCUUUCACUGUUAUAUCCAGAAAAAAACAAUUAAUGUGGGAUUAUAGAUAACUGAAAAUUUUGGAGAGCUGAAACAACCUUGAAUCCCCUGCACAUAUAUGGGCCCCUUCAUAUACACUUGGUUGAGUCUACUCAGAAUAUUCGCCUCAAAUUGGAAGAUUUGUGUUUGGGUGGGUGUGUAUGUGUAUAAGUAUAGCAUUUCUUAUCUAUCUGAUACUUAAUUCAAUUGAAUUAUGAGAAUCAUGGCCAUAGACUGUAUUCACAAAAUUUAAAAUUUCAGGUUAGUGCUACUUUUUAGUAGUUGCUUGAUCAGUCUUAUCUAAAGCAUGAGAUUUAUCACAGGCACAAGUCUGACUUGGUACCUGCCACUGAGCUAAAGGCAAGCUCUAAAAGAAAAAUUAAUAGUCUAAUAAUUUAAAACAUGACAAUUAAUAAGCAAUCAGAUCAGAGCACUGAUGCGUGGAUGUCAAAAUCAUAAGCGCUUACUCAGAUUUUAAACUGCUUUUUAUUGAUGUAUCGUGUUGCUUUAAGUUCCAACGUGUGUAAAGGGAAGAUCUGUUUGUAUCUGUACAAAAUUUAAUAUUUCAGGGAUAAUUUCAUUAUUCCUCUAAAAAAUGAAGGAGAAUUAUCUGGAGUGAUUGCACAGUAGAAGUUUAUGGUUUAGAACUGCUAUAAUCUUUUACUGUUUAAUUGAUGAUUAAUUUGUUUGACUUGGAAAUCCUUUGCCCUUCCCAAACACCAGAACUUUUCAAUGAAUUUCAGUCUCACAGCAUAACACAAUUAUGGCUUUUGAGACGUGUAGGCAUGUGUCAUGGGAAUCCACGUCUUGGCAUUGGCAUUGUAACUUUUUCUAAAAAAAAGUUAUUAAACAUGUAAGUUGGACUGAUUUUUUUUUUGAGAUUGAGGUGUUUUCCCCCCAAAUUUGUUCUCUUUUAUAACUCCUGAUUUAUAGUCAGUGGUGUUAUUAGUGAAGGCCUGCAGAGACUUUCGUCAUGCUUUAGAAGGAACAGGCUUAAUGUUGUGGAAGUUCCAUGCUUCGCUAUAGCCAAUUGUCUUUACUGUUUCUUCACCUGUCAUAAAGCAUUACUCAUAAAUAGAAAUGAGUCUAGGUAAUUAAAUCAGUGCAGCUUGCAAUAGCAAUAGAAGUGUUUCUAAGUUCAUGAAGAUUAAGUGUUCUUGGAAUUCCUUGCCACAGAGCUGUGGAGGCAGAGUGAUGCUUGAUCGGUCCGGGUUACGGGGAAAGGCCAGAAAAGUGGACAGGAGGAAUGUCAGAUUAGCCAUGAUCCUGUUGAAUGGCAAAGCAGGCUUGAGGGGCCAAACAGCCUAAUCCCGUUCCUACUACUUAUGGUUUUGUUACAAACAGGCUGAUAUCUCUUUUUCUUUAACAUCUCUUAUAUUUUUGUUGGCAGUUUGCCAAAGGUGCUAGCAGUGGGUUCAAUAAUAAUGCCAAAAAAAGUUUUUAUUUUUAAUGUCUGCUUCUAAUUAUUUUCCCAUAAAGGAAAAUGCUGCUAAGCAAUGGCUGCAGUUUUACUUCUGUAUGAGUCAUGUGACAUAAAGUAGUGAUGAAAUUUGCUCAGUUAGUAUUUUUACUUGUGUAACGAGACAUGGGGCCUGGUUUUAAAUUCGAAUGUCCAUUGAAUCAAAGUGACUUACUAUUCUUUUUUUUAACAUAUUCAAUAUAAUUUCAACUCCAAUACCAUUACAGGAUACAGAAUUUUAAGAAAAAAAAUUCCAGUUGUUGCUUUAUCAGUAAUUGAACGGAGCUUUUUUCCAAAUAAUGCUUUUUAAAGAAGUUUAUAAAAUGGGCUGGUCCCACUAUGGGAUGGAGAAUACAUGUACUUAGCUGUUUUCUGGGUUUAGCGUAGAAAUUACUAUGUCUGCAGCUUGUAGGUAGUGACUUUCUUUGGCCCAUCUGUCAGUCAGCAACAUCAAAAACAAAUUCUAUUAUAUUGUUCAGCUGUUACAGACAAAUGUCUUUGCAAAUAUUAUUUCAUGCAUGUGUACUGUUGCCAGUCUUUGUAUUUAAACACAGUGUAUAUACGUGACCUGGAGGGCUCUUAUGAUGCAGUGGGAGCGUCCCAACCUCAGACAGGAAGCCUGGGUUCAAGUCCACAAACUCAAUCUUUGAACAGUUUGAUCAGUAAAUAUCUAUAUAGCUGGUCACAACAUCUGUUCUACAAAGCUGUAGCUGAUCUUUUGUGUAGGUUAUGUAGGUGGCCUGUUGCAUGUGGGUUUUUUGUUCCCUUUGAGAGAAAAAUCAUUCAUUUUUGCUGACUUGGCUUUUCUUUAACAAGAGGAUAUUCUAAAAUAACUGAGAAUAGGUGUCAUUUUUUAAUAUAAUAAAACAGCAUCAAUUCCAAUACAGAUUCGAAUCUGUCUCAAUCUCUCACAGGAACGGAAGCACACGUUUCAGUAGACAGGGUGCCUUAGAAAAGUGUCCAUAACUUGGGUAAUUUGUUUUGUGAAGUACAUUCAUGAAGUAUUUCCACCCAAAUUAACCAGUGAGCUGAUCUUAAGUGAUAUUUUAGAUCUUUGCCCGAUUUUUAUUUACAGGCUGUGGUAAAUCACAACUUCUGGUAGAAACCACAAAAGAUGAAUUAAAGAUGGAAGAAAAAGGCAUCAGACAUUAAAGUCAGUUGCAUUGCACAAAACUUUUUGGUGAAAUCACAAAUCAGUCUUCUGACUGCUUUUGAUUAAGAAUUAACAGGAGCGUUAUGGAAAAAUUUGAAGGAAGGAACAAUGUGAUGUUGGAUAAACAAAACCUGCUUUGUCAUUUGCUUUACACCAGACUAGUUAAAACCUGGUUACUUGUGUUUCAUUGUAUGUUGAGAUCCAUUGUCACAAUGCACAAUACCUAUAAAUUAAAGAUAUAAGGAAGUAAAUGUAAUAUAGGACAUACCCUGACAAGCGUCCUACAAAAUAUUUUCCAAAGACACUUAUCAGGUCGCAUUUCCCCCUUAACAGGGCAUUCGUAAAACUCAAGGAUUUAUUCUGGCAGGGUGAUCCAAAACAACGAAGUCCAAACAUAUGAAUUCAUACACAUCGUGUGUAAGCACCACAAAAUAUGCUUGAAAUGUAGAGAUAGAAAAAUUAUCAAACCUAAAAGAAAAUACUUAUUUCAUGAAUUUAAUGCAGCCUAUUAAUGUGAAUUUAUAAAAGGGUUGUGCUUUUAACAAAAUCUAGAUAAUUAAAUGGCUAUAUAUAUUUUAUACAUGUAUUUUUUAAAACAUCCACCUUAUUACAUCCCCUCUGAAAUAGAUCAAAUUCAUUAGAAUGUGAUAUUAAAAUAAGUUCUUCAAAAGUGACCAUUUUGAUAACCUAAUUUGUAAUUUUGAAAAUAGUUUUAAUUAAUAUUUUCCUAAAUUUAUUCUAUAAAUAUAAAAAUGAGGAUACUGACACUUUAAUCAUUACUUUAAAGGUGUGCCUUUUUCAAAAGGGCAGAAAAACUUGCAUCCACUGUAUGUAGAGAUAUACAUUAAAUAUUUUUCAGAAUUUUAUUAAUUUUGAAUGUGUAAUUUUGUAGACAUUCACUGAGAUAAUGUGUAAAGGUCAGACAAUCAAAUAUGCCCCAUUACCUCUAAAAUUUGCUCAUGUAUGUUGUACACAAUGAAUUAUUACUGACAUGUUUGUUUUAAACAUGAUAGAAGAAAUGCUGAAAUGGUAGUAAUCAUCAGAAUAGCUUUUCUUUUAAAAAAUAUAAAAUCAAUAUUUGAAUAAAUAUUUUGGAAAACUUGCUUCACCCCAUAAUCUCAACUUCUCAGUAGUACAUUGUAAAACGGUCCACCAAUAAGUGAAAAUCAACAUACAGUUUUUCUCAAAAGACCUUUUUAGUUUCCAGAGCUACUUAGUAAAACCUGAAGUCAAUUGCUUAUGUAUUUUUUUCCCAUAGUCCUGCUUCCCUCCUUUAUUCUGCUUAGAGCUGGUUGAUCUUUGUGGUACUUCUGAAAAUUUGUCUCAUUACUCAUGUUGUUACAGAUGUAAUUUGCAUUAUUGUUCAAGUGUUUAAGUCCAGUAAUUGUGAAUAGCUUUCCAAACUGCAGAUAACGGACAGA